UGGAAGAGCCUGCCAUUGCAGUCACACUUAUUGCCUAGAUGUGACAUUGUGUCACUGUUUAUAUUACAUAUGCCACAGUCUCUGCUUCAAUCUGUUUUCUGAAGAUCUAGAAUUAGGAUUCAGUUUUUGGGCUGUAUCUGCUGACGAUCCCCCAUGUGAUUCUAUAAGUGGGAAUGUGGGAGCCCCACCUGCCUUCUGGGUCUGCCCGAAGCUAAUGCGUUCCUGGAGGCUUGCGGGCAGAGGGCUGGCUGCAGCUGUCUUGUCCAGAUGAUCUGCCGGACCUUUCCGCGGUGCGAACUGUAAGGCAUGAAGAGACCACAAGGCAGAUGCGCCGGAAAGGCUCUCCCGGUCCAGAGAGCAGGGACAGCGGUUUCAGUGAGGGGAUAAAGCAGAUCCUCUUCCGGCAGUCUGGGCACAGGAGAGCGGAUUCUCUGGGAAAACCUGGACCUGAGGGAUUCUGCAAACCCUGAGAGUUUCUACAGAUUAAAGGGAGCAGCAACGGCUGUAGCAGCGACGGUGAAUUGGCUGAGCCAGAGGACCUGCUCCACUACCGCCCCCCACAAGCAGUAGAGCCCAGAGUCGCUACGCAGUUCAGCCAGAACCACCCCAGCAUGGACAGUCCAACCGACCACUGCCCAGAGCACCCGCACAAACAACAGACUGGCCAGAACAGGGGCCGUCGGAUCACACAAGACGACAUGGGCUACAGCAGUGGAGGCUGGGCCACCACAGACCCCGCCCACUGGGGUGGGUUCAGCCCCUGGAUGCACGAGUACGAGAGCCAGAGCGACUCGGACGUGGACCGCCCGGAGCCCGACGUGGUGCUGGAUGACCUGGCCAGCCGCAGGUUCCGCAGCCCCUCCCCUGCAACCCCAGCCAAUUACGCCAUUCCCAUGAGUCCCGUGGGCACCAGGGCAGGGGGCGGGUUGUCCCUACAACAGGCGGCCGCCCGUCAGGCCCCCUCGCGGCAAAACCUGGCCUACCUCAGUAGCUCCUCACCGUCGCCCACACCUGGCAGACUGAGGCCCUCUUUGGAGGAUGUCCCACUGACAGAGGAGUUGUACGAGGAUUCGGAGGAUGAGGAGGGUGAAGGGGAGGAGGGGUAUGCUGACCCCAUUCAGGAUGACCUCUAUACCCGUAGGGUGGGCCUUAGCCACCAGCCCUCCAACAACGUGGCCUAUGACAAGUUCCUGCCCAAGUAUUGGACGCCAGAGGAGGAUGCUCAUGUUCGCAAGAUCAAACUGGGGUCCCAGCGUCGUCCAUGGUACAGGAAGAUGCAAGGGCUCAGCCCAAAGAAAUCCGGUUCAUCGUCAGAUGACUCUGACUGUGACGUCAGUCCUUGGAGCAAGUCGACCAGCAGCAUCCCAACAGAACAGGAUGUACAGCAGGAAAUCCGUAACCAGGCAAAGGAGAUUGAAGAGCAAUGGAGAGAUGACCUGGCCAGGUGGAAGAGCCAUCGGCGGAGCGUCCACUGUAACAUGGUGAGGGAGAGAGAGGAGCACGAGCGCGCAGAGCUAGCCGGCGGGGGUAGCGCCAGGAAACCGGACACCCGCGUAGAGAUGCAGGGGGGAGAAAGAGAAGCAGGCACUCCAGCUAGCCAUAGGGCUGCCUCCUUUCACACGCCGCAGGCUAUUGGCUUCAAGCUCCAGCCUCGUUCCAUAUCCCUGCCGCCCCGGAGCUACAUCGCGAACAGCCCCUACGCACCAGCAGAGAGAGCGGUCACACCUCCCGCGAUACCUCACUCCACCCAGGCGAGAACCAGCCAGGAGGCCUCCCUUAGCACCAGCAGCAGCAGCAGGUCCAGCAUCGCUCACACCGACCGCACCAGAACCGACCUCAAAGGACGGACCGGCACCGGUCCUGACUUCCCGAUCGGCGCCACCGCCGCCGGCCGAACCAGCAGUACCACCGUCGCCAACGUCACCGGCACCGCGCUCUCGGGCCGAACCGGCGCCUCUCUCCCCGACCUGCCGGGCCGGUUUCCAGCAGACCCGAGCAGCGGCGGCGCGGCUGAGGGAAGCGGCGCCGGCUCGGCUUACAAAGCCCCCGAUCCGGGGCGCCCCAUUGGCAGGCCGGCGCGAGAAAAGAGCCCCGGCCCUUCACAGAGUCUCCAUUCAAUGGAUACAAAACCCACGGCUGCUCAGGUUACCGCCGCCUCUCUCCCCGGGAGCAGCCGGAGAUCGGGUAGCUCGCGUCUCGCCUCCGUGGUCUCGCCCAGGCCUUUCGGGACCCAGUCCACCAAGAUCUCCCCGGUUUCCCCAGCCUUCACCAUGGACGAUUCGUGCAGACGCUUCAACGGUGAGACAAACCUCUCGCAGAAUUCCGAAAUCGCCGACCACCAGCAUCCGUUCCUGACCCCAGAGGAUGAGGCGCGAUCCCAGCCCGGCUCCAUGCUGAUAAACAAUGAGGCAGAGCCAGGAUCCGCCCCUUUUCAAAGUCCGUCUGUUUCAUCCCGGCCCAGCUGUGACUCCUCUCAUUCCAAAAUGGCGUCCGCAGUCCCCUCUGCCUCAGGGGCCAGUUUUCCACAGACUCGUUACGAGGACAUCAGAAUCAGACUCAGCCAGAGAACAGACAGCACCCAGGACUUCGGCUUUCAGACCAGCUGGCAAUCAACUGGGAUUUUAAUCAAAUCCAUUCAGCAAGGUAGCCCAGCGGAGCUCUGCCAUCUGCAGGUGGGUGAUGCGAUCGUGGCGGUGGACGGCUGCAGGGUGUCUGAGAUGAGCUGCGAGCAGUGGAAGGCCAGCCUGGACUCCGCCCUGCAGCAGGGAAGCCUGGUGUUGGAUGUGCGGCGCAACGGAGAGAGCGGUUCCCCAGAACAGUACACAAAUGCGAGCAAUGAGGUCAUCUCCUGUCCACCCUUGGAAGAUGCUGUGAAAUCAUCUCACACAUUCAAUAGCCAGGCUAUCACUGAUGUGGAUUCUAAAGACAUGAAUGGAAGAUUCCAUCCUGAAUCUAUGGAAAGCAAAGAAUCACAGCCCCUUUCUUUGAAAAACUUAAAAAGGAGAUCUGAGUUUUUUGAACAGCCAGGCGGCUCCGAGUCUGCAAUAUCAGAUAUACGUAUCCCCUCUAUCAGCACCUCCUCUACCCGCCACUCCUGGGACCCACAGGAGGAGCGCAAGCGUCAGGAGAAAUGGCAGCAGGAGCAGGAGCGUCUGCUGCAGGAAAAAUACAAACGUGACCAGCAGAAGCUGGAGGAGGAGUGGCGUCGAGCACAACAGGAUGCUGUGAGAGAAAAUUCUGGAAACCAUGCGGAGAAACACUUGGAGGUAGACACCAGAAGCCUCAGCCCCCUCUCCCCAGCAUCUCCUCUGAGCCAAGCCACACCCCCUCCUUCUGAGGAACCCAGUCGACUGGAGGAUGGCGAUGACCUGGAAGAGACCCCACCCCAAGGGGCGGAGCCAUGCAAGGAAGAGUUGGAGAGAAUGGGACAGGGAGAGGAGUUGGGAUUGCAGAGAAAUUGUGAAGAGGUAGGGCAGCAGCCCAGACCAGAGGAAGAGGAGGAGAGAAAGAUGUGCCAGCAAGUUACAGACACAUGUCCCAGAGAGCAAGAAGGCAACCAGGAACAGGACCACUGGGGGGGAGGGUUUGCCAAAAUCCACCCUGAGAUUUCUCUCUCAGACAGGGCAAAAUCUAAAUCUACUCCUGAGCUUGAUGAAGUAGACAAUCCAGAGGUUAAAGUGGUGGCAGUAGUGGGCAGCAGCAGUGCGAGUAAGCCAACCACCCCUCCGAACCAGGAGGCCCAGAAGAAGAAGAAGAAGAAGAACAGGCCUGUCUCCCAGGUGGAGAUGGAUCGGCUGCAGAUCCUGGAGGAGAUGAAGAAGAAGACUCAGCUCCUGACUGACUCCAGCUGGAUACGCCAGCGUACCACCAACAUCUACAAAGAGCCCAUCCACCUGGGUGGGGGUAUGAGGAGGUACGAGUCACUGGAUAACCUGAACACUGCUCGCUCCUGGAGACAGUCUCCAUGGCCGCCGAGCCCCGCCCCCUCCACCUCCAGCAGUGACCGUCCUCAAUCCGCAGCCUCCAAUUCUGCCUCCCCCCACAGCUACACCCGCUCUAUCUCCUCCACUCUGCCCAGCUCCUUUUCCAUGGGUUCUCUGAGGCAGAGCCCAUGGUCCCAGCCCUCCCCCACGUCCCCGACCCCGCCUACCGCCCUUAACGAGGAAUCUUCCCCUGAGCCUGAGCCCCGCCCCUCCUCUCAGCGCCCCAGCAGUGCUUCGACUGCAAGUCUGACCUCCGGGGAACAGAGCCUGGAGCUGGAACCGGAGCCGAAGUCAGACUGCGAAACCGGCAGCUCUACUGCCACUCCUGUUACGCCCGAUUCUCUGAUGGAUUGCCCAUCUCCAUGUGAUCUGACUACAUUACUACAAGCUGAGGAAGAAGCUACAGAUAGCACAAAUGACUAAUAUGCUAAAGAUACUGGCCACUGAUUGUGUAAAUCUGGUUAAUGUGCAGGUCAUAACACCGCAGGUGCAGAUUGUAUGGUACAUUUUUUUAUGGAUGUGAUGAAUAAGGAGGUUUGUAUCGGUAUGUAGCGAAUAUAUUGCCUGUACAGAAUAAAGUGGUCCCUCGUGUAUAUGUAAUGGAAUUAUAUUAGACACAGUUACACAGUAUAUGCUUCAUGCUUGUCUUACUGAAGAAUAAUUCUGGUAACUUCUAUAGGUUGUAUGAUAGAUUUUUGAUUUGUGAUGUUAAAUUAUUCCUAUCAAUUUAUUUGAAAAAGAAUAUUUUGUUUCCCAUUAUUUACUCUCCACCCUUGUCUAUUUUCUUGUAGAACUUAUUGUCUUGAAAUAUUUCUUUGUAAUUGUAUAGAUGAUAAAAUUGUGCCUUUUUGUGAUGUGACAUAUAAUUACUACAACCGAAUAGAAAUUUAAAAUAUACAUAUGAAGAACUCAUGCAUGAUUAGGCAGCACUAUUGUGGGCUGUUUUUUCAUUGAGUUAUUGCCUUUGAUGUAUUUUCAGAACAAGUAUUUUAGCAGAGAAUUGAGCAACAUCAUAUAUAGGACUGUUCAGUUAAGUAAGUGAAUAAAAUUACAAGAUCUCCA